AUGGAGCUGAAGCUGUGUCUAAUGGAAGCCAUGGCUACGCCUGAUAAAAGUUGCAGGCGUUCCUGCUGGGAUGACCUCCCGGCGCAAGUCCUGGAGUUAAUCGCCAGCUUCCUUACGGGCAAUGAAAUUAUGUGCACGCUUCGCUUAAUUAAUAAGGCUGCGGCAGAGCUGUUUCGGGGGCGAUUUGAGGUUCGAAUGUCGCAGCCCGUUCCGCGACACGCGUGCCUUUUGCACUGGAGCGGCAUCCACGUGAUGCGAAACAUGAAUCUGAAGGAACGCUACCGCAUUUUGGCGUUGCUGUGCCGCAACAGCAGUCUCACCAACCUGCGGAUCGCCAUCGCAGCUUCAGGCUGCAUCCCCGUUGCGGAGUUGUUUGACGCAGCAGCUGCCGGUGGAUCUCUUGAUAUUUGCCAAUGGCUAGACGAAAUGGGUUACCCAACUGACAAGGAAACUGCAGUCAAGGCCGCGGCCCAAGCUGGCCAUUUGCCCGUAGUGCGAUGGCUCCUUCGCUACAGCCCUGACCUUUCAAACGCCGCCUGGACCGCUGCGGCUCGCGCCGGUAGACAGUCCACGUGCGAGGCCCUACUAGCAGCUACGGAUGUUGUUGGUCCUUUGCCCGUGGAGGCCUUGUUCGCCUCUGCCCGAAAUGGCCAUGUUGGCCUCACUGAAUGGUUUCUGAAGCUGCCACAGACACCGCCACUCUCCUCCAUCGACGUUCAGAUCCUUUUGAGAAACGCUGCGUUCGGCUUCGAUCUGGAUUCGUUACAACGUUUGUACAACAACUCGUUGGCCGUGUACGGUGGCAGCGAUGCCGUACACCUGCUGGCGAAUACGAAAGGCAUGCUGGCAGAUGCCGUGCUGCUGUUGCAGCAUCGGCACUUACCCAGUAUGUUUUCCUUGGCACGUGCCGCCGUACAAGCCGCUGCCGUACCGUUGCUGAGGUGGCUGUCGCGGUUGUCGGCAGAUGACGUCACCCGUCACAAUCGCCAGGAUCGGAAGCUGCGUGCGGCGGCGGCAGCGGCAGGGUUGGCAGUUGGUGUACGACAUCCCGCUGUCGUACUUCGUGACCCGUCGCUGUGCACUCAUGCCGCCAGGGAGGGUCAUUUGUCCGUAUUGCGGGAGCUGCUGUCGUACGGAUGCCCGUGCAACGAGGAGACCAUCGCCGUGGCGGCGCAGUACGGCCUAUUGAAAAUGCUCAAGAUGAUCUUUGCGGCGACCAUGACAGCAGCAGUGGCGCCGCCGCCGCCGCCGCCGCCACCGGCAGUAGCUGCCGCCGCUAAAGAUGGGCCACCCGUACGGCGGCCGCCGGCGGCGGCACAGGCGAUGUGGGGCCCCCGAGUGGUCCAAUGCGCCGCAGAGUCAGGCAGUACGGAAGUUAUCGCCUGGCUUCGGAGGCGUGGCUUGCACAUCUGGGACGAGCACGUAUUCUGCAAGGCUGCCGGCUCGGGUUGCCUUGACCUCGUGGAGUGGUUGGCAUCACGGGGGUGCCCCAUGGGGGGCACGGGCCAGGCCUACCUCGUUGCGGCCCGUAACGGGGAUUUGGCAGCGCUACGUUGCCUGCGGCGGUUGGGCUGCCCCUGGGGCCCGGUGGCGGCUGGCGGCGGCGGCAGUAGCGGCGGCGGGGUCUUCAUCUGCGCCGUGGAGGAUUGCAGUCUUGACAUGUUGCGGUGGCUUCAUGCGCUAGGGUGCCCAGUAGACUGGCAAGAGGCGCAGAUGCAGGCUCGGCAGCGGCGGAGCAAAAGCUUGGCGGCGGCGGCGGCGGCGAAGCAGUACGAUUCGGCGGCGGUGACGGCGGCGGACGCGGUAUUGGCGUGGGUGGAGGAGAUGUGCGAGGUGCAUGACAUGGUACUGCAGCCGUCGAUGGCUCAUAACGGGUCGCCAUCCUUUAUUUGA